AUGGAGUGCCAACAAGAAACCAGUGUCAUUAAAAAGCUUUGGAGUGAAAAGGAUGAGAUUACAUUACUUGAAACUUUGAAGCAAAUAAGUAACAAGUCUGAUAUGAACAUGUUAUAUGAGAUUGUAAAGCCGUAUUUGGAAGAAGAGUUUUCGGAAGACCAGGUGAGCGAAAAGGUCAGUUGGUUCAAGACUAAUUUCAUGAACAAUAAUUCAGAAGAUGCAUUGCAAGGAACCAGCAGCAGCCAUGAUGCCAAGAUUCGAGAGCUCUACAAAGAGAUUUGGGGUGAGAGUGAAACAGCAGUGGUUGGCCCUCAUGGUAUGACCGGAAAAGAGUUUCAGGCACUAUAUCCACGAUUCAGUGCAAUUAUAGAAGAUCUGCCCCCGUAUAACAAAAUAUCAGACGAAGGGAAAGCUGUGAUAACAGCUUGCAUGCUCAAUAUGCAGUCUCGAAUGGAGUUUGAAGAAAUCGAAGAUAUAUUGAUGAAUUACUAUGCACGGCAGGUCAAGCGUGCCGAAAUACGUCUGCUACUGUGUAAGAAACUGUCCGAGUUACUUCAAAAGGGCACAAAGGCUUAUCAUCAGACACAUCAAGAUUAG